GUGCGUGAUGACGCAAUGCCCGCCGCCGUCAACCCCCGCGCGCCAAUGUUUAUACAGCGAGGUGUUUCCCAUUGGUGGGGCGGUUGCCGUGGCGACGGGCCUAGCAUGGCUGUGGCGGCCGGGUCGGAGUCGCCUUCUUCGCCGCCGAAAGAGGAGGCGGAGGAGGAGGAGGACGAGGGCCCCUCGCUUCCAGGAGCCCCCAUGGGGCGCAGAGCCGUCUGCUCCCGGCCUUACUUCGUGGUGCUGAUGGUCUUCGCGCAUCUCUACGUGCUCAACGUGCUGGGCUUGCUGCUCUUCGUCCACAUCAGCGCCGAUGACGGAGGAGGAGGAGGAGGCGGAGGAGGAGGAGAGCCCGGCAGAGAGGCGCAGGACUCGAACCCAGCACCAGCGCCACCCAUGCCCUCGGCUCUCCCGCACCUCCUGCCCCGCCUCGAGGGCAUCAAGGUGGGUCAUAAACAGAAGGUGGAGCUGGUUCCUAACAAAAUCCAUUUCAUGAAGACACUCAGCUUGAAACCACUUCUUUUUGAAAUUCCAGACUUUCUGAGUGAAGAUGAAUGUAAAUUAAUUAUCCACCUGGCUCAACUGAAAGGACUACAGAAAAGCCAGAUUUUGCCCACAGAUGACUAUGAAGAAGCUAUGGAAAUGAUAGAUAUCAGCCAGAUGGAUAUUUUUAAUCUUCUAGAUCACAAUCAAGAUGGACAACUGCAGCUAAAGGAGGUGUUGACACAUACCCGCCUAGGAAAUGGCCGGUGGAUGACGCCUGAGAGCAUCCGGGAAAUGUAUACUGCUGUGAAAGCAGACCCAGAUGGCAAUGGUGUGCUGAGUUUGGAAGAGUUUAAGCAGCUGAACAUCCGGGACUUCCAUAAGUAUAUGGGAAGCCAAAAAGUGAAGAUGAGUGACCUAGUCCGGAAUAGCCAGCACACGUGGCUCUAUCAAGGCGAGGGGGCGCAUCAAGUCAUGCGCUCCAUAAGGCAAAGGGUGAUUCAUUUGACCCGUCUGCCCCCAGAGAUUGUGGAGCACAGUGAGCCCCUUCAAGUAGUACGAUACGACCAGGGAGGUCACUAUCACGCUCACAUGGACAGUGGGCCAGUGUUCCCUGAGACUGCCUGCACACACACCAAACUGGUGGCCAAUGAAACAGCUCCAUUUGAGACUUCAUGCCGCUAUGUGACUGUCCUGUUCUACCUGAAUAACGUGACAGGAGGAGGCGAAACCACUUUUCCUAUUGCAGACAAUAGGACCUAUGAAGAGAUGUCUCUGAUCCAGAAUGAUGUUGAUCUGCGUGACACUCGUAAACACUGUGAUAAGGGGAACCUACGUGUCAAACCAUUGCAAGGCACUGCUGUCUUCUGGUACAAUUACCUGUCAGAUGGGGAAGGCUGGGUCGGUGACCUAGAUGAAUACUCCUUGCAUGGAGGCUGCUUGGUCACUGAAGGAACCAAAUGGAUUGCCAACAAUUGGAUCAACGUUGAUCCCAACAAGCGGCGGCAGUUCCAGUUCCAGGAGGAGAUGGCCCGAUACACAAACAAGGAGGAGGAGGACCCGAGCGAGUGGACUGUGGACAAAUCCUACAGCCAUGUGCAUGUGGAACUUUAGUGCUCAGGGAGGCCUCCUCAUGGGCUCAGAAGAAACUUUUUUUUGCACUAGGCCAGUCUCCAUCCUGUAAUCGUCCCCUUUCCCUUCCCUUCCAUCUCUGCAGGUCUCCACAGAGAACUCUAGCUGUGCUCUGGCCUUGUAUUUCUGAUCUGACUGGAGGAUGCAAAGCUUUGGAUGGAUACUCAUGGCCAUGAGUUCAGGUUUGGGGGGAAAUCAAUAUUAGAAUGAGCAGGAGAAGUGCCAUGGCUUGCCUUUUAGGUUCUGCUUGCCACUUGUCUCUUUACUGAAUAGUGGGCUUUGCUGCCCGGAGUUCUGGGUCUUAGAGCGACCCUACCCUUUGGCAUAAGCAGGCAACCUGCAGGAUUUCAACUCUUCCUCAUCCUGAGUCACAUGUGCUCCCCUGCAAGGCAGUUAUUUUCCUCCUCAGUUAGUUAGCCUUGUAGCCACAUUCCUGGUGCCUGUCCUUCUCUUGUGCUGUAACAAGAUCUGUCUUUUGUUCACAAGUGAACUUGGGUUCUGUCCCUCAUUUACAGAUCCAGGUAGCAGUAGGAUCAGGGACCGUUUCUGGGGUUAAGUCCAAAUUGCUGUCUAUGGAGUGUGGGUUUUAGCUCUUCCAGGACCAAGUCAACAUCUUGCAAUGCACCCCCUUUACAUGUUUACUGGGAAAUGAGCUCCAUUACUAUAUAUGCUCAUGUAUAAGUCGAGGGCAGGUUUUGCGGCCAAAAUUAUGGAUUUUGAAAUGACCUGUUGAGAUCAUUCCAUAGAGAGGAGAAAGCACCCAUGCCAGUCCAGGGGGCAGUCUGUCCCUGGUUGAUGCCCCCAUUUUCCUGCCCAUGGAUUUUAAAAAAAAUCAGAAGUGGCACCACAUUGGAGACAGUAGAGGGGGCUGGUGCUUCCUUUAGUUUUUUUGUCUGGGGUGGAUUACACUCUCACCUUUUAUCCCUCUACUCAGAGAGUACAAUGGUUUCUUGUUUAUAAGAGUCAAGGGACAAUACUCACAUAGACCGAUUGAUAAGUUGACCCAGUUCUGCGGGGGUUGAUUUUUUGACUAAAAUUUCUAGACUUCUACAUGAGUAUAUAGGGUGAGUUUCACAGGGCUUGUCGCCAGCUAAUCUUGUACAAGAGUGCAGGCUUGCAAAUACUGCUAUAGAAAGACUUUGAGCAGCUGUGUGUUAAGAAAGGUGCCGAGACUGCGAAGGUAUUGAGUCAUUCCAGGUGAUUUAUAAUAUUUAUCCUGGAGAAUUUUUCUCAGGGUCAGACAUGAUUCUAAAGAAGAGCAUGGUUCUGAAAUGUUUAUUGUGUUGAUUAUCAGGGAAAAAAGGGAAGUGCUGAAAUGUGCAAUAGCAGCUGGUGUGCUGUAUUUGUUGAGAUUUUCACUUCAGUCACUUGAUUUGUGUACUCCAUUACUUUGUUGUAAGUCUGGGAGGGUUGGGGUUUAUUUGCCCAAGAAAUUUUCCAUUCCGUUUACUUUUCUGUUUGGACCAAUGGCAUACCCAAUAAUAACUUCUUAUCACUGAUAAAUAUACAUCAUGUGUGCAGAUUGGAAGGAGAUGAAUCUGCUAGAUUGAGAGUUAAAGGCCAGUAUGUAGGCCAGGUCUCUAUGUCCCACAGUUAUCAUGUCAUACUGCAGAGGAGGCAGUAUGAUGCUAGGACACAGAGCAAUGAAUUCAAACUGUAGAAAAAGAAAUUCCAACAGUGGAAUAUGCUGCCUAGGAGUGAGAUGGAGUCUCCUUCUCUGGAGGUUUUUAAAUAGGGACUAGAUGGCCAUCUUUUGGGGGUGCUUUGAUUUUGUGUUCCUUCUUGGCAAGGAUUUGGGCUAGAUAGCCCAUGAGAUCUCUUCCAUCUCUGUGAUUCUAUGACAAAUCCAUUAGUAAUGUGUCUGAUCCAUUUUAAAAACCAUCUACCAUAGCUGCCAUUUUUGGCAAUGCCCUAUAUUAGUUUAGCAUUUUGUCAAGAAAUACUUCCUACUGCUUUUCCUUUCCAGACCAUUCACAGUUUUACAUACCUCUAUUGUGUUAUGCCUGUAUUACCUACUUUUUCAAAACCGAAAAAGUCCUAAGCUAUGUAUGUUUCCUCCUAGAGCAAUGCUGCAACUCUGUGACCAUUUUGAUUGCCCUUUUCUAUGCCAAAGGCAGCAAGCUUACAACCAGUGCUCCCACCAAAUGUCUCCUCUGUCUAAAGUAGUGGUUCUCAACCUGUGGGUCCCCAGUUGUUUUAGCCUUCAACUCCCAGAAAUCCUAACAGCUGGUAAUCUGACUGGGAUUUCUGGGAGUUGUAGGCCAAAACACCUGUGGACCCACAGGUUGAGAACCACUGAUCUAAAGGGUUCUGACUUAUAAACAAGACUGCAAGAAGUUGUCUUUCCUAGUCAUAGUGCUAGCUGAGGAAGAAGACUGGUGUUUGUGAGCAAUGUUGAUUUGUGUAUCUUGAGACAGUUUGCCCCUAGAAGAAAUGAACUAAAGUCUCAUCUAUGCCAACCAUUUAAUUCAGUUUCGAGCUGGCUCCAAACUGCAGCAGCUAAACAACAAACUCCCAUGAAAGUGCUCCAAAGAAAGCCCUUAAUGCAGAUCAGUUCUCUGUGGUUUAUGUAAUCACCAUCCAGCCCUCGAACUGGUUCCAGGACUUCCUUUGUAAUCUUUGCAGAGAAACUGCUUUCUUCAAUAUCAGUUUGAUACUGACUUAAGUGGUCAGUGUAGAUGUACCCUCAGUUUCAAAGAAUGAGUGGUAAUGUGUCUCUUUAUUGUCGCUGUCCUUAUUGUUGUGUGCCUUGGUUAGAGGCCUGCACAGUUUGUGAUUUGCCAAGUUAAACAUAGCCUACUAGCUGAGUAUAUUGUGAUCUGGCAGAGGCUUAACAUUUGUUUCUGUCCUCUUUUUGUCAUCCCAGAGGACAGAAGUUAAAGGUUGAUUAAAAUCCUGGCAACCUAUGUUUAGCUUGGUGAGUCACAAGCUGUAUAGGUCUGUAGCAAUAUUAGCAGUGCGCUUUAUAACUGGGUGAAGUUAAUGGGGCAUGUUACCACUCUACAGUCAAACUGUGGUUCCCAACUUUUGGUCUUCUAGGUGUUUUGGACUUCAGCUUCCACAGUUCCUAACAGCUGGUAAGCUGGCUGGGAUUUUUGGGAGCUGAGGUCCAAAAGAACUGGAGGACCAAAGGCUGGCAACCACUGAACUAGAAGAGGAGAUGCCUGCCACUUUUCUUUAUAUGAAAAAGUCAGCCUUCCCAGUCCUCAACCAUGUGCCUGUAGACAUCAUGGAUUGAAUGCAAUGUAUGUUCAUGAAUUUAUGAUCAUAUUGAAGAUGUGGCUUUAAUUCAGUUAGCUUACAAAGUGAGGUGGGAAUCUUGAGAUCCUCCAGAUGUUUUUGGACUGAGACUCCUAGAAUUCUUUAUCUCUGGUCUGAGCUGCUGAGAAUUGCAAUCCAAUGCGAGAGGUGCAUCAUUCCCAUCUUUACUGCCUGGGGCAGGGAUGAAGUCACUACUAUUUUGAUAAUGUGAGGAUGAGUAAUCUUGAAGGUUCUUCCUUUUCCUAGUAAUUCCAAGGUUCCUCAAAUGUCAUCACAUAAUCAGCAGUUUAGUAAAUUUUAGCAGAUAAGUCAAGUCUGCUAGCCCAUUGAAGUACUGUCUAAUAGCAGGAAACUGUACGCUGUCUCAGAAUAUGGAGGAGUCUCCUCUGGAGGCUUUAAGCAAAAGUUGAAUGGCCAUUUGUUAGGAAUGCUUGGAUUGUGUGUUCCUGCAUGACUGAAUGCCGUGGGACUGGAUGGCCCUUCGGGUCUCUUCCAACUCAAGCAAACUGAAUGCAAAAGAGAUUUCCCUUAUUUGCUGUUCUUUCUGAAAUAGGACUUCAUAUUUCUUUUGUGUAUACGUGUUUGCCCUAGAACAGGCAUUCACUGCUCGAUUAUGAUAUUUCCACAUUCCUAGCUAGAGAUAUAUAACCAUGUAUGGGGUUUUCUAUUGUUUGAGGAAGCCAAUAAUUGGAUAGAAGUAUGUUGACACUUUAUGAUUGUAAUCCAAAAACACUGAAGCUCCCCUGAGGCCAGAAGGUGGUAUCGGUACAAUGGCUUGCUUUGCCCAAAGGCAUGAGAUACGGACCCAAACCCACAACUGAAACCUCUUGCUGAUAGUCGCUAGCCCGAGUGCCCUCACAUUGCUGGUUGCAUUUAUUAGAUAAGCGAUCAGCAUUUUUUUGUUAUUAUCAUGUGUGUUCUUGACACCCUUGUAUUCCUAAGUUAUUUUGCUUCCUUAUUUAAUAUUUAUUUUAUUUAUUUAUUAUCUCAUGCACAGAUGUCAGGAUGUCUAUCCUGCCAAUAAAAAAACGGAAACCCA